AAAUUUUAUUUUUUGAUUGUCAAAGAUGGAGCGGUGAAAUGUAGUUCUUUGAAGUUUGAAGGAAGAAUUCUCUUUUCUUUUCUUCCAGGAAUUCCUCAUCAAGAUAAUUCAUCUUAUAGGAACAACAAUUGUCUUGAACAGAUACGAUGGAUUCCUUCAGGGUUCUGCAUGACAGCUUGGCACAGAGCUGUUGCCUAUGUCACAUCGAGACAGGAACUAUCCUAGACCAAUUACAUCUUGGUUCACUUCAUAAAGGUCAAGAUUUAAAUGAGGAGAUUUCUAUGUCCACCAGGGAUCUAGUCUUAGUGAAGUUAGGCUUGAUCACAAGCCUUUCUGAGAUCAACCAUUGCAGCAAAUUAAAAGAAGUGCAGCAAGCCCUCCUUUCAUCAGAAAAAUUUGAGCAUCUACUUUCUAUGUUAAGCUCAACUGAUCAGCUAGUUGCAUAUAGUGCCAGUAGAUGCCUUGAAGUUCUUCUGCUGAAAUUAGCCAAGAUUGACAAAGAUAAGGCAGAGGGUUUUCUGAGGCAAGCCAUCCAGUCCAUCCUUCAUCCUGGAGGAGGCUUGGAGCAGAAGAUGUCUUCAGUCAUGAACAGGAUCAUCUUUACCUUGGAUCUCAUGACAAACAUCUCGAGUGGAGAGUUAGUGAAGACAGACAAAAUAGAUGGAGACACGCCCACUCUUCCUUGUAUGAGAAGCUCUACAUCAUCUGCAGAUGAGGGCAGCAGAGUGAUAACGCAGCCUAGCGAUGAUUGUGCAUCUGAUCUUACCAUAUGGUACCAUGAUGUAAUCAAGGAGAACAUCACAGAGCUUUGUGCCUUCUCUUCAAGUCAGUUUGACAAAGAUUCCAACCAACACUAUGUCACUGGACAUGAACCAUCCUCCAUCUUCUGGCUUCAUUCAUUGAAUAUCUCCUCCAAACACAAGAUCUACCAUGCCUUCCUUAGACUUCUCUACUCAUAUACCAAAGUACAUAUGAAGAGGGACCCUCACAGCAUGCUACCUUUCAUACAGGCAACCUUGCCUCACCUCCAGGCAGAGCUAAUGACUUACUGCAGGGGUAGUGUUGCCAAUUUGAAGAUGGUGCUCAGCGUACUGAUCAUGUGUCUGAAAGCAUGUGUGAAAGCUUGUGAGAGUGCAAAGCACAGUGGGGAAGUUGAAUCCAACAGUGUAGAGUCACUGCAAACAUUGGGUGCGUCAUGGAGUAGGCUUGUAGGGGACGUUUGCGAAGAACAGUGGUUAGAGAAGAUGCCAUAUCAUGAAGGACCUGUCGGUUUGGGAGGAUCUGUGUUUGCUGCAGAAGAGGAGUGUGAGAAAUCUUCAGAGGAAUACAUCAGAGGAGACAGGAUGAUUCUAAGAAAGCUUGCUCAGCUUGUAAUACUAGGUUCAGAGUUAGAAGCAGUGUCUUCUGGAAUGGCAGGAAGACGGGGAGUCAGUCACCUUGAUCAAGUGUCUCGUUUCAUCGUGUCCAAACUGAGAGAGUCAUUGCAGAAGGAAGAAACUGUGAGUCAAGGAAGAUGGAUCUUUGAAAUAUUUGGGGAUCAAGACGAUGCUUUGAUACAAAUUAUGCUCAUCCUUCUGAAGAUUAAUCUGUCAUCAAAGAUGCACAUUGAUGAUGACAGUGGAUGCACAGGGAAAAAUGAGGAUGUUGGUGACCAUGGAAAGGAAAUUCGUGCUGAGCAAAAGGGGGAAUGCAUCCUUGAUGCACAUCAUGUCUUCAUCUCUUUCUUGGAUCAUAUGUCUUGGGAUCAUAGCAUCUUGCUUGAUCUGCUCAUCUCAACGGAAACAGAUUUCCUGGAGUACUUCAUCAGGUAUCUGCAUUUGGUAACGACUGAUUGGCAGGGGUUUGUUCAGGUUCAAAAGCUUUACAGAAGGAAAGAAGAGGAUAAGAAUAAUGUAGCAUGUCAGAUUCUAUCAAGUGAUGACAAUAGUGAUGAUGGUGAUGAUGAUGUUGAAGGAAAUGAUGAUGAGGAUGAUGUAAGCCAUAGCAAUGAAGGUUGUGAUGGCUAUGAUGAUGAUAUUGAUGAAGAUGAUGAUGGUUGUGAUGGUGGUUAUGAGGUUGGGAUUAUUAAAGAAUUUGCUGAAAAGUUCACUGAUGGUACUGAUGACGACAAUGCUAUUGAGAAUGAUGUCAGUAUGAAUGAAAUCAGUGCAAAGGAGAACGAUCUUUACGGACAAAUUGGAUCCGAACAACUUCCAAAGUCAUCAGAAAAUCUUCCAGUUAAACGAAAAUGUGAACUUGAAGAAGUGGAUGAAAAUGCAGCAAGGAAAACAAAGAGAACAGAAAUAGAAGGGCUUACUAAUGUCACUUUACCACUGGAGGAUAUGGAUGAGGCUAGUUGUGGAGACCAUACUGUACGUGACGGGAAGAACGAGGUCUGUAUCCAGUCAGUAUCUGAGUUGGGUUGUUUAGAUGAUACCAUGACAAUCUUGAUUCGACUCCGUCUUGCCAUAGAAAGGCUUGAUAGGAAAGGCCUUUUCCCAUUCUCGGCCACGCCUCUCAUCAGAAUACUUGUCAAGGUAGAAGAUAUAUAUGAGGCUGUGGAUGGAUGAGCAUUACUUUUCUUCUCUUUGGAGAAUUCAUAAUUACAGUUCAAGUGCGUUUCAUGCACUUAAUCUCGAGUCUACUGUAUUCUUCUUUGUCUUUUUUUUAUAAGAUUUGUACUGUGCUAAACUUGCCAAAGACUGGAAUUUCGGCUGUUACUGUUUUCCUUGUUUCAUAAAUAAAGAUAUUCUGCCAACUGCAAAAAAUAUCUGUAAGAGAAUUCUUGAUUGUGUCUUUAAACUGUCUUGUAUUUGUAUUUCAGUACAAUUAGACAAUCGCUGCCGUUAAAAAAUAUUCAAAAAUGAAAAAUGUACUAACUUCAGUCUUGAAUUAAACCAUACUAAAAGAGUUGUCAAUUCACUAAUUUAUGAAGCACCAAGUCCCAACUUCUUCAUCCUCCUGAUAUAUCAAUUUAUAUGAAUGAAUAAACAGACAAUACAUAGUCGUGAAAUGGUAUUUGCAUGUUAUGACUGAAUUCAUUUUAUGUGUAAUAGAAUUACAACAACAUGUCAGGAUAAGAGACCGACACUUGCCCAAUGCCAUAAACCAUAUGCUGAGCCAGGUUAAAAUAUUAGUCAUAUUU